AUGGAUGAAAUUGACGUGCGCAUGACUGAUCAGGGAACAGAACCGGACCAGCAGUUGGGCCGGGGUCCCUCAGUGGUUGAAGAAAGGCAGGACAUCAAAACGGAAACAGGUGGGCAGGAAAAUAGUUCGGGGAGUCAAGAUGGGUCUCUUUCAAGGACAGAGGAUGACAAUGGAAGGGAUGAAGUUUUAGUGAGCAAGGAAGUGACAGUUCUCGUUGUAACAGACGUCGACAGCGGCGACCGAGUACAGAACAGUGGACUGGAAGCGGAUAGCCGACACGAACAGGAAGAGGAAGCGAAACAUGUACUCGCGUCCGAAACCAGAGAAGAGGUACAGAGCAGUCAACAGGAGGCGGAUCGACGGAGAGACGAGCAGAAGGCGGUAGCUGAGAAAAAGCAAAUCGAAGCGGCUGGCGUCACAGAAGACCCACAGUCUGCACCACAGCGCCCUCACGAUGAGAGCGGCCGCAGUGACGAGAGCGGGACAAGUGUAGUGAUGGACUCAUUAGAACGCGCCUUUGAAGCCAUCCGAGGGGUGGCGCAGUGUGUCAGUCGAAGCCUGGAAAGGGUAACCCAGGAGGACUUCCGUGAGAACGCGAGACAAAACAUUCAUAUGCUCGCAAGGGGAAACGUAACACCUUUGGAACAGUGCGUAUCGAGCCUGCUAGGAGAGUGCUCAGGGUUGAGUGAGCAAGUAUUUCCAUGUGCGGCGACAACACCAGAGGCAGAAGAUUCGGGCACUCCGAAGCCGCCGCCAAUUGUCAUGGUUGUAGACACACCAGCGGGCCCGUACAUACGCGUCGUGCCAAACUGUUUGGUGGAUGAAGCCGUAAAGCAGGGACUUGUCCAAGAAGAAGAUGUUCAGCUUCAGAGGGAGUUUCCUUUUUAUCAGUCCAAGCAAUCCCUACAACUGGCGUAA